GUUCCCCCUCUCUUUUCUUCGUCGAUCAGUUCCGAGGAAAUUCUUCUGAUGAGAUGGAAAGUGGGAGCCCAGUGUAUACUGUGGACGAAGCACUAGUGUCCUUGGGGUUUGGGAAGUUCCAAUGUCUUUUGCUUGCUUAUGCUGGGAUGGGUUGGGUUGCAGAAGCUAUGGAAAUGAUGCUUCUCUCUUUUGUGGGACCAGCAGUUCAGGCUAAGUGGGGCCUUUCUUCUCAGCAAGAGAGCCUGAUCACCAGCAUUGUCUUUGCUGGCAUGCUAGUUGGAGCAUAUUCAUGGGGCAUUGUUUCAGAUAACUAUGGACGGAGGAAGGGAUUCGUCAUUACUGCAGUAGUUACUUUCGGAGCUGGUUUCCUUAGUGCUUUCGCCCCAAAUUAUAUUUCAUUGAUCAUUGUUCGUUGUUUGGUUGGUAUUGGUUUGGGAGGUGGCCCUGUGCUUGCAUCCUGGUUUUUGGAGUUUAUUCCUGCUCCAAGCAGAGGUACUUGGAUGGUUGUCUUUUCAGCUUUCUGGACUAUUGGAACAAUUUUGGAGGCCUUACUUGCAUGGUUUAUCAUGCCAACAUUGGGGUGGAGGUGGUUACUUGCACUGUCUUCUUUGCCAUCAUCAGUUCUGCUUUUUUUCUAUGGCAUUACUCCCGAGUCACCAAGAUACCUAUGUAUGAAAGAUAGAACAAGUGAAGCACUUGAUGUAUUGGAGAAAGUUGCAAGAGUGAACCGAACAAAGCUUCCUCUAGGCUUGCUUGUUUCUGAUCACAAAAUUGAGCUUGAUGGGAAGAAUACUCUAUCAGAAGAUACUCAUUUACUUUCUCCAAGAAAUGAAACUGCAACUCCUAAGAAUAGGAAUUCUAAAGAGGGUGGCAUUAACUCACUGGUGAUGCUCUUAUCACCAAAUUUAAUCAGAUCGACUCUCCUCCUCUGGGUGGUAUUCUUUGGGAAUGCAUUUUCAUACUAUGGCCUGGUAUUGCUGACCUCUCAGUUGAGCAGUGGCAUAAGUAAGUGUAAGCAAACUGCCUUGCAUUCAGAGAACUCCCGGGAUGCAAACCUCUAUAGAGAUGUUCUUAUCACUAGUUUUGCAGAGUUUCCUGGGCUUCUGCUAUCAGCGGCUACCGUGGACAGGCUUGGUCGCAAGUUGUCAAUGUCAUUGAUGUUCUUCAUAUCUUGCAUUUUCCUUCUACCAUUGAUGUUUCAUCAACCUGAGGCCUUAACAACAUCUCUUCUCUUUGGAGCUCGCAUAUGUAUCACAGGAACCUUCACAGUUAUCUACAUUUAUGCUCCAGAGGUCUACCCAACUUCAGUGCGGACAACAGGUUUUGGAGUUGCGAGCUCAGUGGGAAGAAUUGGUGGAAUGAUAUGCCCACUUGUGGCGGUGGGAUUGGUAGAUGGCUGUCAUCUAACUGCAGCUAUUGGUCUAUUCUUAAUUAUUAUGUUUGUUUCAGGAGUCUGCUCUCUGAUUUUCCCGUUUGAAACCAAGGGCCGUGAAUUAAGUGACACAGUAUCUCAAUCAAGCAAAAGUAUUUCCUAGUAUGAGAUUUUUAUGUCACUCACACUUUUAUUACAAGAAAGAAAUUG